AUGUUUAAAAGCAAGAAAGGGCAAUAAAUUUUAACUUUAAUGAGAGCGAUUAAGACAUUUGAGCUUAAGCAUCCACAUAUUGUGGAAAUUUUAGAUUCUUUUAUAGACCAGAAUUCCUUUGUGAGUAUUUUUGAGCUUGCCAGUUUUAGUCUUGAUAAUAUCAUAGCAAGUUAUAUUAAGCACAUUCAUAGUAACAAGACUAUCCACAGAGACAUAAGCGCUGCAAACAUUCUAUAUUUUGAAGAAUAAAACGUCUUAAAACUAGCUGAUUUCGGAGUAGAUACGCUUGGAACCUCUCAAAAUAAUGCAGUAAAAUAGGAUUAUAUGGCUCCAGAAGUUAUAUAAGAUUAAACAUUGGAUUAUAACGAGAAGAUCGAUAUUUGGUCCAUAGGAGUUAAAAACUGCAAGUAAUCCACAAAUCAUCAUUUUACCAGAGCAAUAUACAACGUUAUAGUCAAUACUCAACGAACUUACUCAUUUUAGUCCUACAGAUCGACCUACUGCCUCAGAAUCUCUGAAAUUUUUCUUAGAGUAGUUAGACGACUAAUCCAUGUAUUAAUAGUACUCUGA